UUCCCCAUCACAACCAAAAUGGCGGAGGACACAGUCGGGUCGGCACACUAAGCGCAAUGCUGUUCUUGAAACACUUUGACACAAUUUUACCUUAACCUUUUGCAGAAGAAGAUAAUGCACUUUAUCAGAGCUCGUAUCCCCAGGACUUAGACGGACGCUCAUUUCCCUUUGUGACAGGUGGUGUGUGUGCUGGCAUGGGCCAUGUUGGAAGACAAGGGUCCUCGAGUGGCCGACUACUUUGUGGUGGCCGGCCUGACCGACCCGUCCAAGCCACAGGAGGAGGAGCUGCGUUUCGAUGAUGUGUGCCACAAGACGGUGCGGCCCCGGGCACCCAUCACCGAUGUGGCUGUGGUCAUGCGCUCGCUGGGAGAGGAGGUGCCGGCGGGAUACAUCUGCGUGGAGACCACGCCCUCAGGGCUGUCAGCUGACCUCAACAACGGUGGGCUCAUGGCGCCAGAGAUCUACCUGUGCUACCGGAGAGGCAGGGACAAGCCGCCACUCACCGACCUCGGUGUGCUGUACGAGUGGAAGGAGCGUCUGAAGCAGGGCUGUCACCUGGUCCAGACCACAGCAGGCGGUCGCCCUGCCAACCUCAGUGGCUCCUCCCAGCGCAUCUACAUCACCUACCGCAGGGCGCCCGAGAGCCAAUCACACGCCUCACUGGCUGUGACGGACAUCUGCGUCAUCAUACCGGGAAAGGGUGAAACGCCGCCACACACUUUCUGCAAAGUGGAGAAAAACCUGAACAGCAGCAUGUGGGGCUCUUCCGUCUAUCUCUGCUACAAGAAGUCAGUGGCCAAAACCAACACUGUGGCCUACAAAGCAGGUCUAUUCAGCAGGUACCCAGAGGAAGACUAUGAGUCGUUCCCUCUGCCCGAGUCAGUGCCCCUCUUCUGCCUGCCCAUGGGGGCCACCCUGGAGUGCUGGGCCCCCCACACCAGAUACUCCCUUCCUGUGUUCUCCACCUUCGUACUCACCGGCUCCUCCGGGGAGAAGGUGUACGGAGCUGCCAUCCAGUUCUACGAGCCCUACCCUGAGGAGUGCCUGACGGACAGGCAGUGUGUGCAACUGGGCCUACCGGCUCCGGACCCGUCCAAGCUGGGGUCGCGCUCUUCGGAUACUCCCAAGCUGGGGGCGCGCUCCCCGGAUACUCCCAAGCUGGGGGCGCGCUCCCUGGAUACUCCCAAGCUGGGGGCGCGCUCCCCGACCUCCACCCCCAAUGCUGCCACCACGCAGUCGCAGACACAGACGCAGCCCCGCACCGUUCACACCAACAAGAGCAUCUGCCUGCUCUCCCAUUGGCCCUUCUUUGAUGCCUUCCGGAAGUUUCUCACCUUCCUCUAUCGCUACUCCAUAUCCGGCCCACAUGCCCUGCCCAUAGAGAAGCACAUCUCUCACUUUAUGCACAAAAUCCCCUUCCCCUCGUCCCAAAGGCCUCGCAUUCUUGUACAGCUCUCCCCUCAUGACAGUAUGAUGUUAAGUCAGCCUGUGUCAUCUCCUCUGCCUCUCAGUGGUGGUCGGUUCACCACCCUGCUCCAGAGUCUGGGUCCGGAGAACGCCGUCUCCCUGCUGGUGUACGCCAUGACAGAGCAGAAGAUCCUGGUGCACUCCCUACGGCCUGCUGUCUUAACCAGCGUCACUGAGGCACUUGUGUCGAUGAUCUUCCCCUUCCACUGGCAGUGCCCGUACGUGCCCCUGUGCCCGCUGGCACUGGCGGGCGUGCUGAGUGCCCCCUGUCCCUUCAUCGUAGGCCUGGACACCCGCUACUUUGACCUGUACGAGCCCCCGCCUGACGUCAGCUGCGUGGACCUGGACACUAACACCAUCUCUCAGAUGGAAGAUAAGCGUGUUUUCACGUGGAAGCUUCUUCCAAAGAAGGCCUGUAAAAACUUGAUGAAUGCACUCAGCAACAUUUACCAGCAGCUAGCAGAGGGUCAUCAGAGGCCGCGUCAUGACGGGCUGGCAGACGCAUACGUGAGUGUGAGCGAGGGGGAGGUGGCGGUUGUGGGGGGCCGCAGCCUGCAGUCUCUAGAGCUGGAGAUCCAGGAGGCCUUCCUGCGCUUCAUGGCCUCCCUGCUCAGGGGCUACCGCUCCUACCUGAGGCCCAUCACACAGGCUCCCUCCGAGAAGACCACUGAUGUCAGCUCCCUAUUCGACCUACAGGGGUUCUUACGCAGCAGAGAUCGCUCUCAUCAGAAGUUCUACUCUGCGAUGGUGAAGACACAGCUGUUUAGCCGCUUCGUAGAGGAGUGCUCAUUCGUCAGCGACAAAGAUGCUAGCCUGGCCUUCUUCGACGACUGUGUGGAGAAACUUUUCAGCUCAGAGCGGACUGUAGAAAAAGCCAAGGUGGACGGGGAGCGAAGUGAAGAGGGCCGGCUGAUAGAGCUGGAUGAGUCCCAGAAGAGUGAACACACCGUCUUCAUCACGCCUCCCGAGCUGCCGUCAUUACCAGAGGGAGAGGAGCACCCACUCUGCUACAGCUAUUCCGGCUUCCCGGUGCUGACUGUGGAGCUGUUUGAUCGUGUGGACGGCCUGAGGGCUCCUGCCUCUCUGCUUGCCAGCCGACAGAGCUGCCCCACCAGCCCAGCCCCCAUGUUCCGACGCACCAAACAGGAGAUCAAGCUGUCCCAUAAGGUGGCUAAGAAGUCGUCGUCGGUGCCCCAGCUGUGGUCCCGGUGCCUGCUGCGCCACUGCUACGGCCUGUGGUUCAUCUGCCUGCCGGCCUACGUCAAGGUGUGCCACUCCAAGGUGCGGGCCCUGCGCACCGCCUACGACGUGCUCCGCAAGAUGCACAGCAAGAGGCUGCAGGCACCCGAUGAGGUCUGCUACAGGGUCCUGAUGCAGCUGUGUGGUCAGUAUGGGCAGCCAGUGCUGGCGGUCAGAGUGCUGUUUGAGAUGAAGAAGGCAGGAGUGCAGCCCAACGCCAUCACUUAUGGGUACUACAACAAGGCGGUGUUGGAGAGUACGUGGCCCUCCAGUACGAGAGGGGGCUACUUCCUGUGGAUGAAGCUGAGGAACGUGCUGCUGGGGGUGGCCCAGUUCAGACAGGCCCUGAAGAAGCACCAGCACCACGCCACACACACAACACUAUCAGAUGGCAGUGAUGUGGAUGCCCUGAGUCAGGGCAGCAUGGACAGCUCCAGUGAGACUAACCCUGCCGACCUUAACAGAGCAGAGACCACUGACGAUAAGUCUAGCACAGCCAGCUUGGGCAGUGUAAACGGCGACUCUUGUGCGGCUUGCUCUCUGGGUGUGUGCUCUGAUUCCAACACACCUGCCCUUCACUCAGGUGACCAGUCAGACCUGGGCUACAAUUCCCUGUCGAAAGAUGAGGUACGGCGAGGUGAAACCAUUCCUGAGAGAGAGAAGAGAGAGAGUGACAGCAGUUCUUUGUCUGAGACGGAGAGUGCCAAAGGAAGUGGAGAGUGUCUUCCCCAGCUGGGCUUCCCAGAAUCCUCUACUUCCACUGAGCAACGGCCAGGGAUUGUCCGCAGCAACUGUUCCUAUGACGGCGCCACCCAUAAAAUUCAAGACAGCUCCUCAGCGGUGGCUGGCCUGCUUUUCUCCUCGUCUCUAGAGGACAUUGGCGUGUCCCAGGCCCAGCAGGGGGGAGGGGGAGGGGGAGGCAGCCUGCACCGCCGCCAGCCCUUCAGCAGCAGCAUCCGGGAGAAGACGCCACUACCGGCGGCCAUCUUGGAAGGUCCUCAGGAGCCUCAAGAACAACAACAACAACAUCAUCAUCAUCAUCUGCAUGGCCCCGGGGUCAGGGCUCGUCUCCACAGCAGCGGUGGAGACUCCUCCUCCACACCCACCAGCCACCACCACCUGGGCCUGAGCCUGAGCCAGGGCGAGACCGACCCGCACAAGAUCGCCCGCCACAUGGGGGACGACGCCAAGAUCCUCUCAGGGACCCUCCGCAAGAGCCGCCGGCCCGAGACGCUGGAUAUUACCAGCACACACAACACUCACCCCAACACACACCCGCACGCACAUGUAGAUGCGCCGUUACGCAGUCUCACACACCAGCGCUCAGAGGAGGAGGAAGAGGAGGAGGAGGAUGAUGAUGAUGAUGAUGAUGAUGAAGAAACAGACUCCAGCGAUGAGGAUAUACCAAAGCAGGAGGACAAGGUAGACAACGACUUGGCGGCCAUCUUUGAUUUGGAAGACCUGGAUCUGGAUUCGGAAGGCUUUCUGAGUGGUGUUGGUGGUGGUGGUGGAAGUGGGGGCAGUGGCUACAAAGUGGGACUGCGCCGCUUCUCGGUCCCGGCGCCACUCCCCAAGCCGGCCAAGCGCAUGGGCAUCCAGACAGGCUUCGACCCACUGUCCAUCCUGGCCGCCGAGAGCGAGGAGGUGUCGAGCGAGGGGGACCAGGGUGCCAGGGCUCAGACGCCACCGGGGCUGCGGCGCGACCUGGCAGAGGAGAUCGAGAUGUACAUGAACCAAGUGGGCAGCCCGCUCAGCAGCCGCGCCCCCAGCACCACCGACCUGCGCUACCCCGGCAGCCCAGCAGGCGGCGCCUCCACCAUCUCCGCGGCCAAGCUGCACGAGAUGCGGCGAGGCAGCCUGCCGCAGUUCUCCUCCCGCGCGCUGUCAGUGCCACGCUCACACACCUACCACACACCGCAGCUGCAGCCCCUCUCCCAGUCGCACAAAUCACGCAGUGCCCAGCGCUCACGAACGCCCACCCACGCCAACAGCCAGGCCAGGACCAGGCUGUGGUCCUCGCCAGCCUACCCGGACGCAGCCCCUGGUCAGGGGGAGUACAGUGGUGGCAGGUCUGGUUCUGCGUCUGGCAUGGGCUCCCCGUCGCCCUCUCCUUCCCCGUACGGGAGCUCCUUUAACCUGGACACGCUGCUGACGCCCUCUCUGGAUGUCUUCAAGAGCAGCAUGGUGGGGGUGGCCGAGAAGGCAAGCAAGUGGUACUCACGCCUGGCCACCUCCUACACCACGCCAACCAAGGACCCGAGUUCCAGCCGGCGUGCGAGUGUGAUGUCGGUGGAGCAGGACGAGCCUGAUGGUUUUGAUGAGGAGGGGGGAGGAGAGGAGGUGUUCCUGGGGGGGCCCGACAUGCCCUUCUCUCCCAACAGGCUGGCACCCCCACCCAGACGCAGCCCCCGACGCAGCCCCGUGCACAGCCCCAUCCCCCACGCCAACACCACACGCACCGGCUUUCACAGAGGUUCCCUCCUCUCUCCUCCUCCUGGCUUUCUUCCUGACCGCUCUGAUCUGGGCUCUUCUCGAUACACCAGCAGCACCAGCAUCUUCCAGAACUUCGCCAUGGAGAUCCUGAUCUCCAGCUGUUCGCGCUGCAAGACGUGUGAGUGUCUGGUGUAUGAUGAGGAGAUCAUGGCUGGCUGGACGGCUGAUGACUCCAACCUCAACACCACCUGCCCCUUCUGUGGAAACCCCUUCCUGCCCUUCCUCAACGUGGAGAUACGGGAUCUGAGAGGCCCUGGAAGGUUGUUCCUAAAGAGUAGUCCGUCUGCAGAUGAGGCCAACUCCUCUUCCUACUCUGUGUCCACUGGGUUAGACACCGGAACCUCCACUCUCUCACCACCCUCCCCACCCCCUAUACGCGCUAACAGGAGCAGCUCCUUCUGCCGGGCCCCGUGUAUAGACAUCCCAGCGGAGCGCCAGCAGGGCUCCCUGUCCCCCGGGGCCCCCAUGGCGCGCAGCGUGAGUGCCUUCGGGCCCCUGGAGGAGUCCCCGCGGCCCCUACACCGGGUCACCACCGGCAGCCUGCCCGGCCGUCUCAACGAGGACCAGGACCCUCUGAGUAUGGAGUGGCGUCUGCAUCACCCUGAGCCGGUGACGGUGCCCUACCUGAGUCCCCUGGUCCUCUGGAAGGAACUGGAGAGCCUGCUGGACAACGAGGGAGACCAGGCUAUUACCUUGUCAGGGCUGGUGGACCACCAUCCCAUCAUCUUCUGGAACCUGGUGUGGUACUUCAGGAGGCUGGACCUGCCCAGCAACCUGCCAGGCCUCAUCCUCACCUCCGAACACUGCAACAGAGGCUCUCAAGUCCCUCGUGACUGGAUGUCUGAGGACAGUAAGCAUGUGCUGGUGCAGAUCCUGUGGGACAACCUGAAGCUCCACCAGGACCCUGUCCAGCCCUUCUACAUCCUCUGGAACACACAGAGUCUGAGUUACCCGGUGUGCCGCGUGGCCCAUGAGAAGGAGGGUGUGUUUGGGGAGGAGGUGCUGCAGGGGGUGGUGAGGAGCAUCCAGAGGAACGACAUCCACAGCCCCAUGUGCCACAUGCUGCAGCUGCUCACACACACAAUGGGGGUCCGCAGACAGAGGAGUCUCUACAGGGAUAUCCUCUUCUUAUCCCUGGUGGCUCUGGGCAGAGACAGCAUCGACAUCGAUGCGUUUGACCGUGAGUACAGGCUUGCGUACGAUCGUCUGUCUGCAGCCCAGGUGAAGAUGACCCAUAACUGCGACCGGCCGCCCAGCGCAGGGGUCAUGGAGUGCAGGAAGACCUUUGGAGAGCCUUACCUCUGAGUCACACACACACACACACACACACACACACACACACACACACACACACACACACAGAUGUACAGGAAUAUGCUCAUAGUACUCCAUACACAUACAGUACAUGUGAACACUCCUACAAUAUACAUCACAGACUCACAUACAGUAUAUGGUCACAUGCACGUGUGCACAUGCUCAUAGUGCUGACGUCUCAACCAGCGUGUGCUGAGUCAUCUGUUACUAUGGCAACUGCUGGCCUCAUAUACAGGGUACUGUUUUUUACCGCUAAAAGUGGAAGGUCACCCAGGCUACUAGUGAUACAAGAGUAUCAUUUCAUGAUGCUUUUUACGAGGCUGUCGUCAUGGUUUUGUAGUUGGAAACCUAGCAGCAAUAAUGUGUCCACUUUUAAAGGUAUUCAUAUGAAACUGCAACUAAUUAGACAUGUUGUCACGUCUUUGUUUUAUACUGCAUGUCACACUGGUCAGGCAGGGUUUUUUACUUUCAGUAGAUAUUGUUGUAACUAGGGAUGCUUUGGAGUAAUGCCUGUGUAAACACACAUGGAGACAUGUACACAGUCAGACACAUACUGUAGUUUCAUGACAUGCUUUGGGUCAUUGUGAGUGUAGGAGUAUGUACAGUAUGCAGGUAAAGGUCAAGGUCGGGUUUAGCUUUGUAGUCUUGAGAUUUCCUCAGAGCUAAUGGGAAGUCCGUUGUGUUCCUGGCCGAGGUUUGGUCAAAGAGAAACUUGGCCAGCGUCACAGGAAGGCCCAAGGCUGAAAUACUAUCAGGUGCGGAGCUAUAAGAGGGGCGAGCGGGGCUCGAGUUCCUCUGCCCAGGCCCCUCCCGUAUUGGUUUUGGGGGCACUAUCUUGACCUUGGCAGGUUGUAUGAGGGGCCCUAUCAGUGUUUUGCACUAGGGCCCUGUGCAAUUGUACCGCCACUGAAUACUACCUAUUGUUCAACAGACUGGAUGCUUUAUUUUAGUUCUUUGGUCAGUAUGUCCAUCGGCAUGAAGCCAUUGAGAUUAUGAACAAUAAGAUUGUACAAAAGAAAAUAUUAAGAUGGAGUAUAAGCUUGUUUUUUGCCAAUAUAUUGAUUUUUUCAUGCUGCUUUCAUCUAGUUGUUGUGCAACUCAAUGAGUAACGGUACAGUCAUGACAUAGGGAACUGUACACUACUAUAUGGUCCUAUAUAUCACUCAUGCUGCUUCUUAGAGCCAUCUCACUCACACCCUCUGCACUGCCGGACUUAGAGAGCUGGAGCCAAAGACACACAACAGAACCUCUACCGUCCGCCACUCAGAUUCCCAGCUCAAUGCACGCACACACACACGCACACUCACAACCUCACACACACACACUCCCCUCCUGUAGCUUGCAAGCCAGACUGGAUAACACAGAGACAUACAGAAGCUAAGAAGGUAUUACUAAACAGUGUAUACCUUAGCCAUGAAGGUAGUACUGCACUAGUCCGCUAAUGAGAUAGCACCAAGUAGUUCCAGCGGUAUUAGAACAGAGAAACAAUACAAAGCACCCCCCUUGCUGGUGGGAAGUAUUACAACAGGUACCAAGGCACUGUUUCAUCUCAAUACAGGAGACAGAUGACAGGCUAAACAUGUUUGAGAAAAAUAAUGCAUACUAUUACAUGGAGUGGCGUUUGAAUGCCUCCCUGCUACUGUAGCAGCGUAGAGUGGUGCGCAUUGACGUUACAUACAGUUAGGUGCCUGUACAGUAGGCCUAAAUGCUAUUUUGUGUAGGGAGCCAGUACACAUACUGUAAAUAUGUAUAUUCCAUCCUAGAAGGUGGUCUCUAUUGGUAUAUUUAUCUCAAAAGGGCACUUUUACAACUAUUAUUGUUAUUAUUGGCGAUGACAAUGACAAUGUUAAACUAUUUUUUACAAUAAUGGAGAAUUAGGUACAUAUUUGGUGCUUUAUAGAGUAGAUGCUUCCAUGUGUUUUUAUAGCUUUCUUUGUGUGUCAGUCAACAUGGAGUAAACCUGAGUGUGGAGAACGCAUCACACAAUAAUGAUAAAAGUAAAGUGUGUUGCCAAACGAGGACUAUAUCCAAUGAAAUACCAUUAUAGGUGGGUUUUGUAACCAGAUGCCUUUUUUUGGUAGUUUUUUCUGUAAUGGAAGUGUGAAUCUCUAUUCUGAGGUUAAAAAAGUGCAGACAAAUGCAAUGGUUUGGUUUGUUUACACACAUGAUAAGUCUCUUUUCUUUUUUUUGCUGAGUAGCAUUGUUAAAGUCCCAGUUAUGCUGCUUUAAGCUUUGUGUACAUGUAAACCUCAAGAUGCUGUCUGUUUCAGAGUUGCUUUUACAUGUCAAGCUGUGUAUACAUUUCUCAUCUCUUGAGACACCAGGCGAUAUUCUUUGAAGCAGGUUUAGCCAAAUAUCUCAACUUGGAGCAAGGCAUAAACCUCCUAAAAUAAAAGGAGAGGCCUGCGGCCUUAUUAUUUUAUCUGGAAUAUGAAGGUGAGUGCUCCUCCACUAGGUGGUCUACAACUCACCUCUUUUAGUUACUAAAACACCCACUUGCUACAUUCUCAAGACACUAGUAUGUUACAAUCACUGAAAACUAAACUCACUGCUCUUGGAAUGCUCCUGGAUGUCCCCAUCUCUACAGCACACAGUGACUUUGCCAUGUUAAAGAGUCUUUAGAUGCAAACAUCCUCUAAAAACCCAUUACAUACAUACAGAUGUUUAAAAAACUAGUCUCAAUAAAAAGGCAAUAAAAUGUUAUGAAGUAUAACAAAUCAAGCCCAAACAUAACAUAAUGGACUGAUUUUAAUUCUAUGAAAUGUAUGGAAAUACAUUUUUUUCUUAACUCGUCAUAAAUACACUUAGAGGGUUUUGCAUCUGAACUCUUCAUUUAUUGUCAGAUGCUUUUAUUUAACCUAUGUAUGUAUUUUUCCUCAUUGAAGAGGGUGUCAGUAAGUUUCAGCCUCACCUGUGUAAGUGUGUAAUGUUUUAACCUGUGGAGAUAUGUUAGGGGAGGGAAAGGGGGACGGUGGCCAUCUGUGUCCUCAUCAGCCUUGUGGCAUUUCAUUAUAGAUAUAAAACUAGAUGUUGUGUUGACUACGCCAGUCUGUUGGAAUGAAUGGCUCUAUUUGAUGCCCUCCAUCUUUGUUCAGUGGUAACACUGUUUGAAUGAACAUCAGUUUUCAACGCGAUAAAAUAUCAUCUUGACUGACAGUUUGAAGGUGGUGGCGUCCAAGGUUUGCCAUCAUGCCAAAAGGCUAAACGAGACAUCUAGUGUUCUAUAUUUAUGGUGUUUCAUGGUUAGUGACAAAACACACACCUUCCCCCCACUUGUACUCAUUUUGAACGUUUAAGAGUUCUAUGGUGGGACUACUCAUUGGUACAGUAUGACGUCAUGGCUGCUGGAGGUGGUCCUCUUCCCUGAGGCGUCCAAUGACAGCUGGCCACAUCCCUGAUUGAUGUCAGACGUCACCAAUAACGAGAAAGUGUAUUUGCACAGAAAUGAGAAUCAGAUACUGAGUUAUCAGUAUCGCUAAAAAAACUUGAAGAUUGUCUCAGAAUUAUACAUGCAAAGGGAAUAAUUGAAAUUACUGUUACUGCAUAUAUCUUGUUUUAAAAAGACAGAAAAUAAGAAUAGAAUAUUUUGCUUUGGUGUAUGUACAUUUCAACCUAUGCUUUGGAAGGUGUGUAUUUAAUGGAAUGCAUCAGUGCAAGCAGAGAGUCAUACUUUGCCAAGCAUAGUAAUUCUGUCAAAUGCACACCUUGAAGGUUGUUAUCCCACUUAUGGCCCAGUUAUGAAUUUGAGAGACAUUGAAAACUUUAUAUCAGAACAUGCAAGUUAUUCUAUAAUUUCUGCACAAUGUGGAACUAGGCUAUCGUCUGUUGUUUCACCCCAUCUACUGAUCAAAAUGGAAGGGGAAAAACCAACUGUUAAAUUGGUUCUUACAGUUGCUGUUGGGCAUUGGUAUGGUAUUGGCUUACUACACUUGAAUGCCUGAAUUUUAGAACUAUUUUCAAAUCGUCCCACAAAAACGUAAUGCACAGAACAGUAGCCAAUCAAAGCAGACUUCUAUUUGACCGGGUCAUAGGUAAAGAUAAUCUUUUAUAAAGCCUUUAAUCUUUUUAUUGUGCUGUAAACAUACAGUAUAGUUCGCUCUGUGGAUCUAAACUGGGGUCAAUUGGUGGGGAAUUAAUCCAUACGCUCCUCAGAUGUAAAUAAAUCAGC